ACGUUUUCUUGUGUGUGUAGAUGGAGCGCUUCGGUCUUCUAGUCGUCACACUGCUAUGCAUUUACGUGACCUUCUCCUAUGCGGAGGAAACCAAAGAGACGACAAUCUCAGAACCGCACCUAGAGUCACAACCAAAUGAUUUGCAGGUGCGAUGCCCAGAUGGCACCAUAUGCCCAGCAGGUGAUGGGUGUUGCCCAUACACUUUAGAGCAUGGACGAUAUGGUUGUUGUAGCUAUGGCCCUGGUGCUACUUGCUGCCCCGAUUAUAUAACGUGUUGCCCUAGGGGAUUUGUUUGCGACAUUGUAAGACGCAGAUGCUACCGGUCAAGUCGGCUAGCUAAUAAUACAGACGAACUUGGCCGUGAUGGUACAGCUGGUAUACACCCAAAGGCUAGCAGUAUUAUACCUUCACAACAGCUAGAAACGUCAUUGAAGAGAAUUGGUUUCCUCCACACCUCCGGCGACGUUUUAUCUCCUGAUGAGAAAUAUCAGUGUCCGGAUGGAACAAACCCUUGUGAGCUUUUUUAUGGAAUAUAUGGCUGCUGUCUCAUUCAAAAUAAACGAAGGAUAAAGAUAAUGGAGACCAGAGGACGCCGACCCUGAGGCAGAGGACAGAGGACCGUAAUACGGCUUAAAAUUAUAAACAAAUAGCCAAAACAAAAAUUUAAAUGGGAAUAGUUCUGGA